ACCCCAUCGCACCAAACUCUGGUCCGCAGUAGCAUUCCGAUCGAUCCGGCUCCUCCUCCCGUCUCCAUCCCUCGCGCCGAUGUUCCUGCGGCGGCUGAGAACGUCCGCCGCCCUCCGCCGCGGUGCGACCGACGGCGGUGUUCUGGCUGCCCUCCGCGCCGAGCUCGCCCACGAGCUCUCCUCCUCCGCCCCCUCCUCUCCCCCUUCCUUCCACUACCAGGAGGCGCCCGACUUCGCCACAGUGUCGGACGUGCCGCGUGCGCAGGACGUGCUCCUGCGCCGCCGGGCCGAUUCCGAGGAGGUCCUCGUGUCGGCGCUGCUUGCGCCGCUGCAGUUCGUAGGCCAAGGAGCGCUGCCCAGGGCCGCGCUCAUGAAGGUGUUCGUCAGUAAGCCUGGUGCGACGCCCGUGCUGCGGUUCGACUGCCGCACGUUUUUGGUUGGGGAGGGCGGCGGCGCUGCGGACUAUGCUAUUGAUGCUGUUCGGUACCACUCGUCGCCUGCUGACGAUGGAGAUGACAAGUAUGAAGGGCCGGAGUUCAGAGAUUUGGAUCCUCGGUUACAGGCUGCAUUACAAGAAUACCUUGUUGUCAGAGGCGUCAACUCCAAACUGACAAGCUCACUCCUCCAUCACUUGCUUGAGAAGGAGCGAGCCCAGUAUGUGAAUUGGCUGAAGACUCUGGAAAAAACUUUCACCAAAGAUCAUUGACCCAAUCCUCUGUUUAACUUUGCUCGGAAAUCUUUUAUUGCUGAGUCAGCUGUAUACAACAUAUCUUGUUGGGCCAAAGCUGGAACAGGUGUUAAUUCUAUCUCGAUGCAUUUUCUAUC